AUGGGCGACUUUUGCCUGCAGUCACUUGAAGAACUAAAACAUUUCUGUCUUAAAGAAAGUUUUAGUGAUCUUAUCAUCAUGGGGGAUUUUAACGCGCAUAUAACAGGCGAAAGAAGUUGUCGUCCAAGUAACUCGCGUGGAAAGUUAGUGCAACAACUUCUAAGUAACUUAAAUCUAAUUGCAGUCAAUUUGAAAUCAAUCUGCAAAGGUCCGGUACAGACCUACGUAUGCUCUACCGCAGUGUCAACUAUUGAUUACAUUUGUGUACCUAACACGUUGUUUCAAAGCAUUUCUAAUGCCGAGGUCUUGGAUAUACACCCAGAGAAUGUAACUCACCACCUUCCAGUCACGGUUACAUUAGAUAUCAUGUCGUCAUCCCCUAAGAAAUUAAAAAACUAUGCCCCACCUCUGCGAAUUGCAUGGAAAAAAUGUACAUCAGACAAUAUCGAAAUGUUCCAGAAUGAGCUAAAUAGAAAACUUGAUUCCUUAGAUGGCCCUUUAUUACACACUUCGGACUCUAUCGAUACAUAUGCUAAAGAAGUUACAGACUGCAUGGUGAAUGCCAGUGUGGUUUUGCCUCACAUCUCGUAUAAAAGCUACAUAAAGCCCUACUGGAACAAUAAGUUAAAAACAUUAAGAAAGGAAGUGAAUAGAAAAUUUAUAAAAUGGGCAAAAGAUGGGCGCCCUAGGGGACGACACAAUCAAAUGUAUGCGGAAUAUAAAGAAGCAAAAAGGUUAUUUAGACGUGAGCAGCAACGUUGCAUACAAGAAUACUCACUGAGAGAGUAUGCUAACAUGUCAAGUACGUUAGAGCAAGAUCAAAAUAGAUUUUGGAAACUUGUUAACCUCACCAAGAAAAAUAAACGAAGUGACGUUAAUCUUGAGAUAGGUGAUGAAAUGGUGCAUAAUCCGCAUAAGAUCACUGGUUUGUGGGCGAAUUAUUUUGAAGAUUUGCAUGAGUUUAAACGAUAUGAAAAUGAAAACAUCUUUGAUAGUGUUUUCCUGAAGGACAUUGAAUCUGAGAUUCGUCGAUUGGAUCUUCUCGAAGAUGAGAGCGACACUGUUCUCGCCCAACCGAUCACACUCUACGAGGUAAAUCAAGUAAUCUAUGACCUACCGAACGGUAAAUCACCCGGCUUCGAUAAAAUUUGUUAUGAACAUGUGAAAUAUGGUGGCCCUAAUCUUCUACAUCACAUAGUACUUUUGUUCAAUGCGAUUGUCUGCGUGGAGCACAUCCCACUCUUCUUUAAGUUAGCUGUAAAAGUCCCAAUUCCAAAAGAUAUCACAGGAAAGAAGACAUUUGAUAAUCAUCGUGGAAUUAGUCUAAUGCCUGUGUUAGAUAAACUUCUACAAAAACUGGUCUUAAACCGAAUUCUAGCUGUGCCUGAUUGUAAAAUACACCGACUUCAGGGGGCAUACCAAACGGAGCAGAGUGCAUUAACAACUGCAUUUAUGAUUGACGAAUCUAUCAGAGACUGCUGUGAAAAUAAAGACAGGGUUUACACAUGUUUUGUUGAUAUCAGCAAAGCGUUCGAUCGUAUGUGGAUAGACGCAAUGCUGUACAAGUUUACCAUCAUAUGGGAAUUACUGGUAAAACGUGGCGUAUUAUAAAAAACUGGUAUACCAACAUGAAAGAGGUUAUUUGUGUAAAUGGUUUGUAUUCUCGUGAAUACAAUAUAUUACAAGGUACUAGACAAGGUGGUAUCAUAUCCCCCUGGUUAUUCUUAGUCUACUUUCAAUGACUUAAUAUCUGAGUUAGAAACCAGCAAGUGGGGAAUUUCUCUGUAUAAUAUCUAUUACGGUUCACCAACUUUUGCCGAUGACAUUACUCUAUUGUGCCGUCUGAAAACAGCGUUAGAUCAUCUUUUGGACAUUUUAAACACAUUCAGUCGGUCUUGGAGAGUUACAUUUAACAUUAAGAAAACGGUUACUGUGGUAUUUGGAGAGAAAGUGAAAAAAAUUCCAACACCGGAAAGAAAUUGGGUUCUAGGUAGUCUAUCUAUUAAAGAAGUGCUAACGUGGAAAAAUUUGGGUAUCAUAUGGAACCCAAACAACAAGUUUGACUCAACAAUUGAUAUCGUGCUGAAGAAAGGCUAUGCAGUAAUUGAUAUGAUGGUAACUAUGGUGUUUCGGCAUGGCGGCCUGAACCCCAAGGUAGCAACUAAGCUGUGGAAAGUAUUGCCCUUCCGCAUCUGCUGUAUGGUUGUGAAUUGUGGUACUUAACUAUGAAACAGCUCUCUAAACUUGAGAAAAUCCAAAAUAUAUUUUGUCGGAUAGCACAAUCACUACUUCCAGGCAUUUCAGGAUCAGCAGCAAGAGGCCUAAUGAGUCUUGGCAGAAUAGAAACGAACAUCAGUAGGAAAAAGCUGUAUUUUUUGGGUCGUAUCAUCAACUCCAGCUCAACACAACCCUUCAGGAAAUUAUUUGUACGUCGGUUAAUAAAAUGGAAGUGGAGAUGUGACGCUGUAGAUGGAUUUAUUCCCGAUCUCAUUAGAAUUUUGGAAAAGUAUGGCCUUAUGACGUUCGUGACGGACUUUAUACGAAGAAAAAGCAAUGGAAGAGGAUUGUAAAUGAAGCUGUGCAAAGAAAAGAAGAGUUGGCUUGGUCUGAAAAACUAAACCAAAAACCGGUUUUAAAGCUGUAUAUGCAAGCACAUCAACAUUUAAACAUUAGUUUUUGGUAUGAAAUCUGGGAUUUUGUUCCAUUGAAUUCAAAUAUCGUAGUCGAUGUGUUUCGUCUGCUUUGUGGCUCUCUUAAAAUCGAUGGUAUCAGGAUUGAGAACUAUAACUGUUUGCAUUCGUUUUAUUGUUCCUUCUGUCAAAGGUGUGUGAUCAAUCCUGUACAUCAUGCUCUUCUAUAUUGUAUGAACACUGCAAAUGUAGUAGAUUGACUAAUAAGUUAAUUAGUAAUAGGUGUUUAUUUUGACAUGUUUAGGAAGUGACAUAUGAUAUACUAAAUUGGUUAUUGUUUUGACGAGACGGCGUUCGUUCAUAUAUUUUUUAAAAGGUGGUUCCUUAUAGCGAAGCGAAUUCACUAUUGUAAAUUACAGAUUAAAUAAAACGAAACUGUGUGCGACUCAUUUAAUUUUGUGUAGUUGCCAAACACUUUGUGAGGCACUCUGCUACACAAACCAGAGAGAGUAUUUGUGGACGUGGACCACAGAUAACUUAUCUGGAGAUAUAAUGGUACUUCUUAAUUUCUUGGACGAUGACCAAUUUGUUCAGUUAAUUACUGGUGGUAAGCCGGAGAGUUUAACCACAAUCAUGGACAGUCUGCAACACUGAGUUUUGGUUACGAUGCGCUGAGUACAUUUCUUUUUGCAUGCAAAAUUCACUCUUUGAACCCUUUGGGUGAGAGGUUUUCAUUGACUGUAGUCGACAUUGUGUAACUGAUAUGCAAAUUAGCUUAAAGACAACUUUCUUAUAUUUUAUCUAUAUAAUUAAUUAAUUAAUUAAUAUUUAAAUAUUUUGUAACUCUUCAGUGAUGGAGGCAAUAAAAGAUUUUACUCGACUCGACUCGUGACUCGACCUUUGAGUGACUCGACUCGUGACUUGACCUGUAGGUGACUCGUUACAACACUGCUUAUGCUAACACUAAUUCUAACCUGAGCAUUUACUUAAUAUUCUAAGAUAAAUAGAAUGUUAAACUGCUUAUUUGAAUAUUAAUCCUUUACGCACCUCAACAACAAUAACAAUAACAAUAACAAUAACAAUAACAAUAACAAUAACAACAAUAAUAACAACAACAACAACAACAACAACAAUAACAAUAACAAUAACAACAGCAAUAAAUUAUCUAUUUUGACAUCAUAUGUAAAACUAGUAAGUUAACCAUUUAUCACUCUCGACAAAUCUUACGCUGAGAAAUUCGAAUUUGGUUUCAGAAUGUUUCCUUGCCACCUACUUAUUUUUGUUAAUUUCUCCUCCUUUUAUUUCGAAUGUGGAAAGUCAGAAAUAAAUACUAACGAUUAUUGCUUUAUCGUUCCCCUUAAUUAAACCUGUUGUUAUGAGUUUUUUGGUCACACAAUUUAUAAGGUUGGCAUUUUUACAUAGUUUCUUCAAACUAUUGUUGACUUUAAGAGGUUGACUAUCAUUCAUAAUUCAUACAUGUAUGUGUCAUAUAAAUUUAAACAGAAGGCAAAGGCUUAUAAAUAUUUAUUUCAACCCUUUACCAAUCCUAGUUCUAGAACUUUUUUCAUUUUUCCCAGGUGUCGCAAGUGCCUUUCACCUCAAGCUCCACCCAGACUUCAAGAUGACGUCAUUCAAUACCGAAGAAGAAGACAACUCCGGUGUCCACGUGACCUACUAUGACGUCAUCCAUCGAAACAUCACUCACGUCGACUUCACAAAACAAUGGAACGGCGACGAUUACUCGAAACAUGCAGACGGGCGACCUGUGGAGGGCAAACAACAUGUUAAAAGUCGCUACAACUCGGCUGUAAAGAUUGAAGACAACGCCAUUAAAUCUGUAAAGAGAACACAUUUCUCUGAGUUGCAUGACGAAAACCCAUACAAAAGGCCCUUAAAUAACCCUGAUUUUUAA